AAUUCAAGAACGUGUCAUGCAUCCCCUCAAGAGACGUUCCUAUUAAUGUGUGGUCUCCACCUAUCUUCCUCUCUCCUCCACUCUUGAUCCCUUCCUUACACAACUCCACAACUCCAGAUCUAGGGUUCAUCGUCCUACAACAAAAUCCCCAACUCCGCCCCAUUUCCAGAAAUUAAACUCAACAAUGGCGUUAGAAUGGGUAGUACUCGGCUACGCAGCAGCUGCAGAAGCUAUCAUGGUGAUCCUCCUAACACUACCAGGCCUCGACGGUCUUCGCAAGGGUUUGAUCGCCGUUACUCGCAACCUUCUCAAGCCAUUUCUCUCAAUCGUCCCUUUCUGCUUCUUUCUUCUUAUGGAUAUCUACUGGAAAUACGAGACUCGUCCGAGUUGCGAAGCCGAUUCGUGUACUCCUUCCGAGUUUCUCCGUCACCAGAAAUCGAUCAUGAAAUCCCAGCGUAAUGCUCUUCUUAUUGCUGCUGCUCUCAUAUUUUACUGGAUCUUGUACUCUGUUACUGCCUUGGUUGUUAAGGUUGAGCACUUGAAUCAGCGCGUUGAGAGGAUGAAGACACGAACUGAUUGAUGGGUUUGUCAAUUUGUUACCUUUUAGGAAAAAACACCACAACAUUUUCUUUUGCGAGAUAAGUGGAAUUAUGUUCCUUAGUGUUUGUGUAAUGUGCACAAUUUCAAUCAUACAUUCACGGCUUUUAUUAUUUACAACGUUAGGUUUCUGUUUGUUUGAUGCACUAUCUUAUGGGAUUAAUAUACAUUUUAAUGGGAAAUGCUUAUAUUUUCCUCUUUAGUACUCCAAUAUAAUCCAAUUAAGUUCA